AUGAAAACACAAUCUAAUCAGAAAUUGGCUAUGGGAUUUAAGGAAAUGGCUAAUAUUAUCAGAGCAAAUAAUGAAGAAUUAAUGAUUACCAAUAGAAUUGCUACUCUAACAUUUCUGUCUGGUUGUACAAAAGAUAAUACCAAGAGGAAGAUAUAUCAAGAGGAAAUUGAUGAGUGUCACAAAAAGCUAAAACUACUUGAUUCACUUCAAGCAGAACCAUUAUCAGCCCUAAGAGGCUACCUCAACUCAAUCACUCCUGAUAUAAUCAUGCUCCAGGAAGUUAAAAGCGUCUACAUUGGUCCAGAUUUUCCCUCUAUAUAUUAUUCUUCAUUUACAUAUUAUCACAAUCCAAGAGAUUCCUGUGGUGUAUCUAUUUGCCUCAACAAAAGCACUUUCAAAGAUAUUGAAGAAAUCAUCUUAGAUCCGAUCAUUAAGAAUAACGCGCGAAUUAUUGGCGUGAAAUGUAAAAUCAAUUCAAUUAAUACUCUAGUAAUUUCUGCGUACUUUCCAAAUCAACCAGCUGACAGAUGUGAAUUCACAUAUAUUCUUGACAACCUAAUUGAAAAAUAUCCUAACUACAAAAUCAUUAUUGGAGGUGAUUACAAUGCGAUUUUAUCCGAGAAUCACUCCUCAAACGAAUCUAGAAGAACUGAUCAAAACAUACUAGAUCUUAUUAACAAGAGAAAUCUUAAUUACUAUCCUUUCCUCAUUUAUCAUGGCACCUUCAUUAUACUAUUAACAAACAAUCCAAGUCUAUAA